CACACACACAUACACAAACGUACACAAACACACAUGCAGCAAGGGUAGACCCAAAGACCAUUAAACCCAUGUUCUUUGGUUGACCGAUAACUUGUGGAUGCCAGCUGCCGUAAAAUAUUUUUGAAGAAGAAGAAGAAGAAGAAGAAGAAGAAGAAGAAGAAGAAGAAGAAGAAGAAGAAGAAGAAGACCUUUAACUGGACAGCAUGAACAAAACCGCAAAGGGAAAGAGACUCUGCAGCUACAGAAAGGAAUGGGAAGCCACACAUCCAUGGGUUAAAGCUGCCAAUGACGCAAAGAAAGCGUUAUGCACAUUAUGCUGUCGAGAAAUAUCAAUCGGCCAUGGUGGCGAGUAUGAUUUAACUCGCCAUCAAGCUUCAAACAUCCACAAAAAAGCUAUUCAAGCGAGAGGAUCUAGCGGCAUUACCGCGAGUGCGAAAUCCAGUGUUAAACUAAAGAGGACAGUACUUCAAGAUGCAUGUGCUGCAAGUAAGAUGCACUUGGGCAGAACGCUCCAAGAAGUGAUCACCAAGAAUAUCGAACCAAGCACUGUGGAACAACAUGUAGUUUCUGACCAUUCAGUAGUCAACGAGCUGACAUCUUCCUUGCGAAUGUGGGUACCACCAUUGAGGCUACUAUCAGCAUCUAUUUGGCAAAUGAUCCAGCAGCACCAAUUUGAGUCCUACAACAGGGUAGAGGAGUUUGUUUCUGUUGUUUUGGAGUUGGUCCCUGACCUACUGAGCACUGAGGAAAAGAUUGAACUGCUUCUUGGACUGAGAACGAAGUUUGUUUUAGAACUAUGUCAUGACGAUUCAUCAGUAACACUUCAGAUGAUGCAGCCACAUCUUCAAAGAGUGUCAAGGAUUUCUGAAAGCUCCUUCAGUGAUGGGGAGAUGGGCCAGGCAGUAGAUGCUGCUGUGAAGAACUUUGUGGAUCUCAUCCAGGCCCUUGUGAAGAGCCCUGAGUAUAGAAGACAUUUCUUCCAGGACAUCUAUCCAUUGCAAUAUGGGCCACAAUAUGACACAGCUCUGCAGUUACUGGUGUGGGAAUUCCUCUCCAGAUUGGAGACAUUACUGCCAGUGCCAAGUUUCCAUCAGGCAGCAACUUGGUUUGAUGAAAACCUUUUGUUCUCGGAAGACUGUCUCCAAAUGGUUAAUGACCUGCAGCCCAUUCAGGAGUUGUUGGUGCACUACAAACAUUUUACACGUCUGUUGUCAGGGUUGCCACCACCCACCAUGGCCAACACCAUUCUCUCCACACUAUCUGAUACCCAUUCUCCUCUUGUGCAAGCAGUCCUUGGUGCCUGUGAACCAGCAGAGAUAUGCGUGUCAGUACCCCAUGAACCCCACAGCUCCCAGGACGAGUCAGACACAUACGGUGACUCAGUCGAUGAGGACUGCUGUGAAGAUAUGGAUGAAGGAGAUCCACAGCAAGACUGGCAGGAAGUAAUUAUUGACACCAGUGAACACGACCAACAGUGUGACCAAACCGGCCAAACAUUAAAUGGAUUGUCAUUAUUGUCCAUGUUGAUGGACAGCAGUGGAGAUGUGCACGAAGCAAUAAGCGACACCAUCCAACAUGACCAACAGGGCGACAUACAGAAGAGCAUUCCGAGGGCGUUGGAGGAGAAGGACGAGAACGGGAUUGGUGACUUAAAUGGGUUGGCAUCAUCCAUCAUGGUAGACGGCAACGAGGACAGCAGUGGAGACGUGUAUAAAGGAAGCCUAGAGGGAGACACAGACGAAGGAAUUGACCCACAGGAUCACAGUCACACCAUUGAACCGCCGAGUUACCGCCACCAAAGUUGCCAGACAACCCUGAAUGAGCAGGAAGAGGAAAGAACUUCUGGCUGCACGAAUGCUUGUGAGAGGUCAGUGAAAAUCAAGACUGAGGAAGAUGACCAGCUACACACAAGAAAAGGGUGUAGGCGGAGUGGAAGGGCAAAGUAUCCAUGCUCCAAAUGUGACCAAACAUUCAGUAGUCUAUCUAAAUGUGAAUACCAUCAGGCACUUCACACAGAGGAGAGCACUCUUGAAUCCUCUUACUGUGGAGAGAUAUUUACAGAUUUAAAAGAGCACAUUCACACCCAUACAGGGCAACACCCCAAUGAACCACUGCCCCAGAGCUCAACAUCAGCUGGUCAUCAACGGUGUCACACUCGUGACAAGUCCGCCGUGUGUUCUGUCUGUGGGAAAAGUUUUCCCUCUUUGUCUGCUUUGGCAAGGCAUACACGGACUCAUACUGGGGAGCGCCCAUACACAUGUGAAUUUUGUGGUAAAACCUUCAGUGACAUCAGCACUCUGAGGGUCCACACAAGGGUCCACACAAACGAGAAGCCAUUUGCAUGCACUUUAUGUACAAAGCGGUUCAUCUCAAAUACUCGUCUGACGAGACAUAUGCGAACACAUACGGGAGAGAAACCCUACGUGUGUUUGAAGUGUGGGAAAAGAUUUGCAGAGACAUGCAAUUUGAAAUCUCAUCAACGUAAAUAUCAUUGUGAUUCCAGUCCAGAUGAUCACAAUGUUAAUCAUUUAUCUUAAAUACAUUGUGUGCCUUGUGAGCAAAUGAUAAUAGUUACCUUUCAUUUUUGUACAAUUUAUGUUGUUUGAAGCUUGUGAUUAUGUAAGACCUUUUCCUGACAGUUUUCUAUGUUUGGGUCCGUGACAAGUAAGGGUUUGUACAAAGUUUGUAAGAAAUUACAAAAUGUUUCAAUGCAUUAUUCUUAACAUUUCCAUCAGGUUUUCUGAAAUGUAUUUUGUAUUUCUGUGUGUUUCAUGGAAUAAAAAAGGGCGAACUUUUUUUUUUACCAAAAGGAAUGUCUAAAAUGUCAAAUAGCAUAACGGCAAUUAAAGAUGUAACAUUGGCUAUUUACUUUCAAAUACACAGAAUAAAAGUAUGCUUGGCAAAAAUCA